UCCUAUUGGUCAGCCCUUCUCCGCAAGAUGGCGGCGGCCGUGUUACCUCAGGUGACAGCCCUGAUCCCUCUCCGGGGUCCUGGGUUUCGGUGUCUCACUGUGUCUGCAGCUCGGUGUAGGUUUUACGUGCCUCCAAAACCCAAAGAGCCGCUGGAAAUCCCCGGUCUAGAGCGUAUUACGUACGCGGACCGGCAAUACUAUGUCCCCGGCUUGGCUCGACCCCGUUUCCCCGACUUUGAAAGGGGAUGGAAUGACCCACGGUAUUAUCGAACUCCGCCCCAGGAGCAAAUGAAGUUGUACAAAGAGCAAACGUCUUAUGUGUUUAACCAGGGCUGCCGGCUGCUGGGAGGUGUAAAACAAGCUCUGUGGCUUACAAAGACCAAACUUAUCCCUGAAUUACCCCAAAGGAUACAAAACAUAUAUGAUGACCCAGUCUAUCAAUUCCCAGACCUGGAGGAGCGGGUUCACAAUGUGAUCUCCUAUUCCUGCUUGUGGCACAGCACUGAAGACCAACCUCCCAGGGAGGUGUACUGCCCAAAGCUGCUACAAGGUUUGAUUCAUUUGUGCCAGACACAGACCCCUGCAUUUUCUGAACUUCGCCAGAGGAGCAUGGUUGAGAAUUGCCGCUUAGCAGUUAGUUGGCAAAGAGAAUCCACCAUCUACCAUGUGCGAGGGAUAAACGGCUCAAUCCUCAGUGCCAAAACUCUGCUGGCUCCUGUGGCUUCCGAUAUGGAGAUUCAGGCCACUGAGCCACAUACUUUUGAAACCCUGUAUCCUCUCUCUCCUGCUAUUGAUCUUCAGGAAGUUAAAGUAUAUGCGGAAAAGACUGAUUCAGGUUUUAGAGCUGGCUACCCCUUCUCCUAUCCACACACUGUGUACCUGCUUGACCCCUGCAGUACUAGAGCCAGAUUCCUCCCAGACCAACUCAGAGCCAAGAUGAUUAUGGUCGCUUAUGGCAGUGCUCUGGCAAAAGCAAAAAUACUUUUUGGGGAGGAAGCUAAGGAUUUGCCACAUCCAAUAGUGGUUCAAAGUAUAGCAACAGAUGGACAGCUCUUUCAGUUCUGUGUAUUCCAGUUAAAUACACUGGACACAAACUCUGAUGAUGGAAUUAAAAACCUUGUCUGGAUGGACUCCGAUCAGCCUCUUUAUGACACAGCUCUGUGUGCGCCUAAAGUCAGACGGAAAGUGGUGCUGGUACCUGCUGAUGUCUCUGGUUUUCAGCCAUCGACAUUUAGGAAAUUUUGGGCAAUGUAUCUUCAUGGAGCCGUUUGAGGUUACAGAAUACUGUAAAAAGGACUGUUCAGUACAUUUUGUUAUCUAUGGCCAUGGUAUAAACAUGUUUAGCUCUCAAGCUACAUCCAGUCCCACCUUAGAAACCCAUCUGUACUAUUGGCUUGCUAUACAAUGUGUUGCUCAAAUACAUUUAUGCUUUUUGUUACAAA